ACAAAAACCCUAAAAGUUGCAGUUACAUAAAUAAAACCCAAAAAAUUGCAGAUAGGUCUAACAAAGAGCGGAGGCGCAGAUUGAACAAGAAAUCGAAGAACAGGAGAAGAGAACAGAAAACAGAAAACAUAAAAUGGCAAAGUCAUUGAGAUCGAAGAGAGAGAAGAGGCUAAGAGCAAUAAGGAGAGAUAUGGUAGAGCCUUAUUACGAGAAAAAAGACGCAGCAAAGCUUGCUGCUAUGGAAACUGCUCUUUCUGCUCCCAAAUUGCCUGUGUUUAAGCCAACUUCUUCUGCUUCUGCUAAUGCUAUGGACUUGACUACCCCUUCUAUUCCUACCUCAAAUGCCAACAUGGAUGUGGAAAUGGAUGAUGACAAUCAGACUAAGAGUUCGUUGAAGCCUGUAGGGAAGAAGCUAAAAAAGAAAUUCAAGCUUGCAAAACGCAACCGUCAUGGUAAGGGGAAGAUCAGGAGGAAUCAUAUUUAACUCUGGAAAAUGUUAAGGAUUUAUGUGUUUAUUAUGGUCUGAUACGAAAUUUUGAUUGGUCAAUUUAUAUGGCUGUUAUUUGUUUGAGACUAGUGUAUUAAAUUCUAAUGUUAUGAUAAUUUAUAUAGUUCAGAUUA